AAUAUCAUACAUAGAGAGAGAAACUAAAACACACACACACACAAACAGCACAUACCUUAUCUUCUUCCUUCGUGUUGAGCUGCAAACAACUUCCCACCCACGAAAAAUACCUUCAUAUGUCCUUUCUGUACCUCUUCAUCUCCUGAUAUUAUUAUUUCACCACUCCAACUAACAACCUUCUUCAUCAUCCAUUCAGAAUUCUAUUAAUUAUUAAUAGAUUUCGUUAAAUCAAGAUUUUCGGUUUUGUUAUAAAUUCAAAAGCUUUUUCGCUUCAUCGCCAGUGAAUUCUCGUCACAACGACGAGUACGACGAGUACAACGGGUGAUUAGUUCAGAUUUAUAUGUGUUUUUUUCGAUUUCGACCUUUUAUCAGUGGUCAUAGUUACGGAUAAUGAAUCAUUAUGUACCCGAUUUCGAAACGGAUGAAGAUUACUUGCUUCCGGAUUCAUCAAGUUUGAAAAGGCACAAGAAAUCAACUAUGGGGGAUGAUGAUAUAAUGGAAUUACUAUGGCAAAACGGUCAGGUAGUAAUGCACAACCAAAACCAAAGAUCUGUAACAAACAAGAAGCCGGAAACGACGUCGUCUAGAGAGAUCCGAUCCGGAAAUAUAGAGGACGAAACGACGCCGUGUAAUCUUUUCAUGCAGGAAGAUGAGAUGGUCUCAUGGCUUCAUUAUCCUACUGAUGAUAAUAAUUUAGAUAUGUAUCUUCAUAAUAAUGACAUCAUUUAUCAAGGUCUACCGUCUUCUUCUGCUUCCGUCAUCAUUCCGGCAACUUCUUCUCAACCACCGCCACCGCCAGAGGCGGUGGCGGUGGCGGUUCCGUCUCCUAGGCCUCCGAUUCCGCCGUCUAAGCGUGUCGAAGAGGAACCGGUUCAACCGAAGUUCGCGAACUUCUUACAUUUUUCUAGACCUAAUAAGUUGAAUGUAGCUGGAGGAUCCGGAUCCGGAAACGGAUCCGGAUCAGCUCCGGGGACGGUGAAAGCGACACCGGCGGUGACGCAGUCGACGGUGGUGGAAUCUAAUGACCGACCUGCGAAUGAACCGCCACAGUCGAGAGCUUCGCGCGUUACUGAUAGUAACGCGCUUGUUUCUGGCGCGAACGUAGGGUUUCGCGGGAGUUUGAUGAGUAGUUUUGGUGCUGCUGGUGCGUCUUCUGGUGGACGAGAACCCGAGACGUAUGAUCUCAGUGCUUCAUCGUCUCCAGGUACUGGCGGCUCUGGAGCGAGCGCUAGUGUUGAGCCGCAGAAGCCACCGACAGUGACAGAGGAUCGUAAGCGGAAAGGUGUCGAUAUCGACGAUACCGAAUGCUAUAGUGAGGAUGCCGAGUUCGAGUAUCACAACGCAAAGAAGCAAAAACAUGGAUCGACAUCCGCUAAAAGGACUCGUGCCGCAGAAGUCCACAAUCUCUCGGAAAGGAGACGACGCGACAGGAUUAAUGAAAAGAUGAAGGCGUUACAAGAACUAAUACCUCGUUGCAACAAGUCGGACAAAGCUUCAAUGCUCGACGAGGCGAUUGAGUAUCUGAAGCAACUUCAAAUGCAAGUACAGAUGAUGUCCAUGGGAUACAACAUGGUUCCAAUGAUGUUCCCCGGUGUCCAACGAUACAUGCCGGCGAUGGCUCCAAUGGGUAUGGGAAUGGGAAUGGAACACGUCGGAAUGAACCGUCCCAUGGUUCCAUACCCACCGGUCCUACCCGGGUCAGCAAUGCCGAACCAUGCAGCCGCAGCUGCUCAUCUCGGUCAACGUUUUCCCGUUCCACGGUUUCAAAUGGCACAGAUGCCCAUGAUGGGGCCCACGAGCAGUCAAACAGCUAACCCGCAAGACCCGAUGAUGAACCCGUUCCCUAUGCAGAACGGAAACCAACCGCGCGGUCCAUUUGCUGAUCCGUACCAACAAUACAUUGGUCUCCCUCAAACACAUAUGCUACAACCCCAGAACCAAACGGGCAUGCCUGCAGCUACAAGUAAGCCUAGCAGCAGCAAAGACGUCAGGAAUCCCGAGCAUCACCCAACCAGUUGAUGUUCAAGAGAGACGAGGCUCAUAGCCGACUAAAUUUUGUAGUUAAAAGGGCGAGAUGAGUAUCCGAAGCAUUCUAAACCGAUUGGGUUUUACACCAUACAACAGAGUUGGCAUGUAAUUACACCACACAAUAGUAACCUGAGGCAUUGUGUAAAGGAUCAAAGAAGUGUGUCGACAUGUUUAAUUAUUUAACGAUUUAGUUUUUUUUUUCUUUUCGUGACGUUUUUGUUUGUAACUGUUCCAUAGGAAGCCAAUAAGGAAGAAAAAAAGAAAAGUGAGUUUCACUAUGUGAAAUAAUAAGUAUAUACUUUUUGAAUGAGAAUGUAUGUAGCUUUGUGGUUGUGGGCA